GUCAAUUCUUUCUCUUUAAGUCCAAUUGCAAUUUAAAAACUACUUAAGUACUUCAUUCCUAAAAUGUUAUAGUUUCGCGAAGAUGAAACCACACAUAUUCCUAAGAGCAUCGAUGCGGAGAGCCUUAAGCUCUUCACCCCGCGGUUCUUAUUUCCGUUCCCCUAAAUUCCAGCAUUCGAUUAUCCGACCUUCCAGCAGCAUAUCCCAACGACUUGGUUCGAAGCACGUAUCCUUCCCGGGCGCCGUUAAAAGUGAAUUCACGCAUGAUCUCAAAUACGUAUUACCCGGCGACCUUCCUGCCUUGCCAACGUAUCGAGCAGUCGGUCAAGAUGGCGAGAUUGUCGAUCCUUCGUUUGAGCCGGAUCUUAGCGAAGAGGAGAUCAUAAAGGUGUAUAGGACCAUGCUGACUAUUUCAAUAAUGGAUCCCAUCAUGUUCGACGUACAGAGGCAGGGCCGUAUAAGCUUUUACAUGGUAUCGGCUGGUGAAGAAGCUAUUAGUAUCGGAUCAGCCUCGGCCUUAGAUAAUGAAGAUGUGGUCUUCUGCCAAUAUCGCGAACAAGGCAUUUUUGCUUACCGGGGGUUCACCUUGAGGCAAUUCAUGAACCAACUAUUUGCAAAUAAGAGCGAUAUCGGGAAAGGCAGAAAUAUGCCUGUACAUUACGGCAGCAAAGAGCUCAACAUACACACGAUUUCAUCAACCCUAGCGACACAGAUACCACAGGCAUCAGGUGCGGCCUAUGCUCUUAAAAUGCAGCGUAUAAAUGAUCCGUCUCUACCUCCUCGUGUAGUAGCCGUGUAUUUCGGUGAAGGUGCUGCGAGCGAAGGCGAUUUUCACGCCGCAUUAAAUAUUGCUGCCACACGCUCUUGUCCUGUCAUUUUUAUAUGCCGAAACAAUGGCUAUUCAAUCUCAACACCAAUUCUAGACCAAUACCGAGGUGAUGGUAUUGCUAGUCGGGCAAUCGGAUAUGGAAUUGAUACUGUGCGAGUUGACGGGAAUGACUUUUGGGCUAUGAGAGAAGCAACCAAGAAGGCGAAAGAGAUGGCCCUUGAAGAUGGAGGCAAACCAGUCUUGAUAGAAGCAAUGAGCUAUCGCGUUAGUCACCAUAGCACUUCUGACGACUCCUACGCAUAUAGAGCAAGGGUAGAAGUCGAAGAUUGGAAGCGCCGAGAUAACCCUGUUACGAGAUUACGGAAAUACAUGGAAACGAAGGGAAUCUGGGACGAGUCCAAGGAGAGAGAUGCCAAGGAAAGUAUCAAACGGGAUAUUUUAAAAGCGUUCUCGGAAGCAGAGCGAGAAAAGAAGCCAGAAAUUCGAAAUAUGUUUGAGGACGUAUAUGAGGAGAUGACCCCUGAUUUGAAGGAUCAGAUGGAACGGUUGAAACAGCACUUGGAGAAAUACCCUAACGAGUAUGACUUGGGUGAAUUUGAAGAAGGCAUCAACAGUUUGAAGGCAUAGAUAAGAUUUAUAAUUCUAAUUAUAUUUAGCAAGUUGAACAAACCCAUGGAUU